AUGGAAGUUUUCCCCUUGCUCUUGUUCCUGUCCUUCUGGUGGUCUCGAACCUGGGACCUGGCGACGGCCGAUUCCAUCAUCCACAUCGGAGCAAUUUUUGAUGAAUCUGCUAAGAAAGAUGAUGAGGUAUUCCGUACGGCAGUUGGUGACCUCAACCAGAAUGAGGAAAUCUUACAGACUGAGAAAAUCACAUUUUCUGUGACAUUUGUUGAUGGCAACAACCCUUUUCAAGCUGUUCAAGAAGCAUGUGAACUUAUGAACCAGGGCAUCUUGGCCUUGGUCAGCUCCAUUGGUUGCACAUCAGCUGGGUCCCUCCAGUCUUUGGCAGACGCCAUGCACAUCCCCCACCUCUUCAUUCAACGUUCAACAGCUGGGACCCCAAGAAGUGGCUGUGGCCUCACCCGGAGCAACAGAAAUGAUGACUAUACUCUUUCAGUUCGUCCACCUGUCUACUUGAAUGAAGUCAUCCUAAGAGUAGUCACAGAGUAUGCAUGGCAGAAAUUUAUUAUCUUCUAUGACAGUGAAUAUGAUAUCCGUGGAAUACAGGAAUUUUUGGACAAAGUAUCCCAGCAGGGAAUGGAUGUUGCCCUUCAAAAGGUGGAAAACAACAUCAAUAAAAUGAUCACCACGCUCUUUGACACCAUGAGGAUAGAGGAGCUGAAUCGCUAUCGAGACACUCUUAGAAGAGCCAUCCUUGUUAUGAAUCCCGCCACAGCCAAAUCCUUCAUAAGUGAGGUGGUGGAAACUAAUUUGGUUGCUUUUGACUGUCACUGGAUCAUCAUAAAUGAGGAAAUAAAUGAUGUGGAUGUUCAGGAACUUGUCAGAAGGUCCAUUGGAAGGUUAACAAUUAUACGGCAGACAUUUCCAGUCCCCCAGAAUAUAAGUCAGCGCUGUUUCCGUGGCAACCAUCGAAUUUCUUCAACACUGUGUGAUCCGAAGGAUCCCUUUGCACAGAAUAUGGAGAUUUCUAACCUUUACAUCUAUGACACGGUGCUUCUGCUUGCAAACGCCUUCCAUAAGAAGCUGGAGGACCGUAAGUGGCACAGCAUGGCGAGCUUGUCCUGCAUCAGGAAAAACUCCAAGCCCUGGCAAGGAGGGCGGUCCAUGCUGGAGACCAUCAAGAAGGGUGGAGUUAAUGGGCUGACUGGAGAUCUAGAAUUUGGAGAAAAUGGAGGUAACCCCAAUGUCCACUUCGAAAUCCUUGGAACCAACUAUGGAGAAGAACUUGGCAGAGGUGUCCGUAAACUCGGGUGCUGGAAUCCUGUCACAGGUCUGAAUGGAUCACUGACAGACAAGAAACUGGAGAAUAACAUGCGGGGCGUGGUUCUACGCGUGGUGACUGUAUUGGAGGAGCCUUUUGUAAUGGUCUCUGAAAAUGUCUUGGGAAAACCGAAGAAAUACCAGGGAUUCUCCAUUGAUGUUUUGGAUGCCCUAUCUAACUACCUGGGUUUUAACUAUGAAAUUUAUGUUGCACCGGACCACAAAUAUGGAAGCCCACAAGAAGAUGGGACAUGGAAUGGACUGGUAGGAGAACUUGUUUUUAAGAGAGCUGACAUUGGGAUUUCAGCUUUAACCAUCACUCCAGACCGGGAGAAUGUUGUGGACUUUACAACACGCUACAUGGACUACUCAGUGGGAGUCUUACUUCGAAGGGCAGAAAAAACAGUGGAUAUGUUCGCCUGCCUUGCACCAUUUGAUCUAUCUUUGUGGGCCUGCAUUGCUGGCACAGUCCUUCUUGUGGGACUCCUGGUCUACCUCUUGAACUGGCUUAAUCCUCCACGAUUGCAAAUGGGAUCAAUGACAUCUACUACACUCUACAACUCCAUGUGGUUUGUGUAUGGGUCCUUUGUACAGCAAGGCGGGGAAGUCCCAUACACAACUCUGGCAACCCGAAUGAUGAUGGGGGCAUGGUGGUUAUUUGCUCUGAUUGUCAUCUCAUCUUAUACAGCAAACCUUGCCGCUUUCCUCACCAUAACCCGCAUUGAGAGCUCCAUCCAGUCUCUUCAGGAUCUGUCCAAGCAAACAGAUAUCCCUUAUGGCACAGUGCUGGACUCCGCAGUCUAUCAGCACGUCCGCAUGAAGGGGCUGAAUCCUUUUGAGAGGGACAGCAUGUAUUCCCAGAUGUGGAGGAUGAUCAACCGAAGCAAUGGGUCAGAGAACAAUGUUCUGGAGUCUCACGCAGGCAUUCAGAAGGUAAAAUAUGGAAACUAUGCUUUUGUAUGGGAUGCAGCUGUGUUGGAAUAUGUGGCUAUUAACGACCCCGACUGUUCCUUCUACACUGUUGGGAAUACUGUUGCUGACCGGGGGUAUGGCAUUGCACUGCAGCACGGCAGCCCCUACCGUGAUGUCUUUUCACAAAGGAUCCUGGAGCUGCAGCAGAGUGGUGACAUGGACAUCCUCAAGCACAAAUGGUGGCCUAAGAAUGGCCAGUGUGAUCUGUACUCCUCGGUAGAUGCGAAGCAGAAGGGAGGAGCCCUGGACAUCAAGAGCCUGGCGGGCGUCUUCUGCAUCCUGGCCGCGGGGAUUGUGCUCUCCUGCCUCAUAGCGGUCCUCGAGACGUGGUGGAGCCGGAGGAAGGGCUCUCGGGUGCCAUCGAAAGAGGAUGACAAGGAAAUUGACCUGGAGCACCUCCAUAGACGUGUAAAUAGCUUGUGCACAGAUGACGACAGCCCCCAUAAACAGUUUUCCACCUCGUCAAUUGACUUGACCCCUCUGGACAUUGACACUUUGCCAACACGACAAGCCCUGGAGCAGAUCAGUGAUUUCAGAAACACUCACAUCACCACCACCACCUUCAUCCCAGAGCAGAUCCAGACUCUUAGCCGCACACUCUCAGCAAAAGCUGCCUCUGGCUUCGCUUUCGGCAGUGUGCCUGAGCACCGAACUGGCCCUUUCAGGCACAGGGCCCCUAACGGGGGAUUUUUCAGGAGUCCUAUCAAAACAAUGUCAUCUAUUCCUUAUCAGCCUACACCCACUCUGGGGCUCAAUCUGGGCAAUGACCCCGACCGAGGCACGUCCAUAUGA